GUAACUCGGGGUAUGAUGGCAGACAUUUUGGCACUGAAACAAGAAAAUAAAUCCUUGCAUUUUCAUGCUACUCAAGUCAUGAAAAUGUCUAGCGUUGGAAGGGUGGUUAAGCCGUUUUUUAAGCCACUGCAAGGCUCUGUGGCAUCUGUAGCUGCCAGAGCUCAGAGUACUGACGCACCUGUGCAGAAAACAACAUUUGGGAACCUUCCUGAUCAGGACAGGAUUUUCACCAAUAUUUACGGUCGCCAUGACUGGGGAAUUAAAGGUUCAAUGGCCCGUGGAGACUGGUAUAAAACUAAAGAAAUAGUUCAGAAGGGAUCUGACUGGAUUAUUAAUGAAAUUAAGGUAUCUGGACUCCGUGGUCGAGGUGGAGCAGGGUUCCCCUCUGGUAUGAAAUGGAGUUUCAUGAAUAAACCUAGUGAUGGAAGGCCUAAAUAUCUGGUGGUAAAUGCUGACGAGGGAGAACCUGGAACCUGCAAGGAUCGUGAGAUUAUGCGUCAUGAUCCCCACAAGCUGGUUGAAGGUUGUCUGAUUGCUGGUGCUGCUAUGGGUGCACGUGCCGCGUACAUUUAUAUUCGUGGAGAAUUUUAUAAUGAAGCUUCUAACCUUCAAGUUGCAAUCAAGGAGGCUUAUCAGAAGGGAUUUCUUGGAAAGAACGCCUGUGGGUCCGGAUACGAUUUUGAUGUUUUCGUACACAGAGGUGCCGGUGCCUACAUCUGCGGUGAAGAGACUGCUCUUAUUGAAUCCCUUGAGGGGAAACAGGGAAAGCCAAGACUGAAGCCCCCAUUCCCUGCUGAUGUUGGAGUGUUUGGUUGUCCCACUACCGUCACUAAUGUUGAAACUGUUGCUGUUGCACCAACUAUCUGCAGGAGGGGAGGAACUUGGUUUGCUGGAUUUGGAAGACCCCGUAACACCGGAACUAAACUGUUUAACAUCAGCGGUCACGUUAACAACCCUUGCACUGUAGAGGAGGAGAUGUCAGUCCCAUUGAAGGAUCUGAUUGAACGCCACUGUGGCGGAGUUAUUGGAGGUUGGGAUAACCUUCUCUGUGUUAUCCCUGGAGGAUCAUCGACCCCUCUUAUUCCCAAGAAUCCUAAAUUUCUCAAUGCACCUCCAAAAUCGUAUUUUAUUCUCAUUAGAACUCCAACCCCGUCCCAAGGUGAGGAGGAUCUUCAAGUUGAGGGUAACGCUAAGUCCUCUGAGAUUGAUCUAUUGUGGGAACUGUCUAAGCAGAUUGAAGGACACACUAUCUGCGCUCUAGCUGACGGAGCAGCUUGGCCGGUUCAGGGACUUAUCAGACAUUUCCGGCCCGAGCUCGAGGCUAGAUUCGAAGAAUUCCACAAGAAAGCGGCCUCUGCAUCAAACUAGGUUUUACUGUCGAAGCAAGUUAAACCCCUUUAAGUCGAAACCAACCUUUUUGUCGACAAUCACCGAGAUCGAUGUCGCAUCUACCCUAGUUAAACCAGUAUAUGUCAUAUUUUCUUAUGCUAAUAGAAGUUGUGGAAGUAAUUCAUUUAGAAAAAUAUAAACAUUCAAAUAAACAAACUCUAAAAAUUAAAAUUGUGUGAUUAAAGUUGGUUCUUAAGUGGACUUUCGUUGUAAUUUAAACUGACCCUCAAUAUAAAAAUUGGGGCAUGCUUGAACCGUUUAUAUGAUCCAUACUGUGCAGUGGAAGAUAAAGUCGUUUUUCUAGAUUGUUUAGUUGUGAUUCUUAGAUAGUUUUCCUGCAGUGCAAAUGCGCAUGUACAGAAACCUCAAUUAAAAAUCAUUUUCUAAAACUGAAAUAAAAUAUUGAUAAAGAUUA